AUGAGUCAAUUCACUGUUCUUGGUGACAGUGCUAUUAGACAGCUCCUCCUCAACCUCUCAAGAGAAGAAAUCAAAAGUUUCCAACACGAUAUUGAAGAUUGUCUGAUCUCAAUUUCUCCUGGGAAUGAGAGUGACUAUCAACCAAGCCCAGGCAUCAUCAAUCGCCCCGACGGCCAGAAGAUUCUUUUCAGACCCUUUACAUCCCCAGAGAAUGUGGGAACAAAAAUCAUUGUGCACCCGGCUCCUGCCCCCGAAACCUCAGAAUCAGCAGCGGCGAGUCGAGCCCAGCAAGCCUUGCAUGGAAUUGUCGUUCUUGUUGACAAAUGCGGGUUUCCCACCGGUAUUCUUAAUGCGGAAGAAAUAACUGGCUACCGCACAACCAUGAGCGCAAUGAUCACAUAUUCCUGGAGACGCCACACCGAGCAUAUUCUCAUUUUCGGGGCCGGAAAACAAGCACUGUGGCACAGUCGACUUGCACUAGCUCUUCGUGGAGACGAGAUCAAAUCUAUAACGAUCGUCAACCGAUCACUCGAGAGAGCGCAGGAGCUUAUUCAAACGGUAAACAGAGAGAACAGCUUGUACUGGAAGUCAUCUUGCCAGCUUAGAGCUUUAGCCCACACCCAGGAAGGCUUUGGGUUGCAGUUGCAAACGAUUCUCGCGGAGGCCGAUGCAAUUUUCUACCCCCCCUUCACCUCUGCUGUUGGCUCAUGGCAGCCGGAUAUGAUUGAAGUUGACCCGGCAAUUCUCCAUCAUGUUACGGAGACCAGAGGAUUCAACAAAAAUGAUGGCACAUUAUCUUCGGGGGCUGUGAUUGUCGAUGAUGAUGAGCACGCAUUAAUUCAUGCAGGGGAGAUCGUACGGAGUGGCUUGAACAAAGACCAGAUUGUGAGUAUUGGCCAGGUUCUAAGUUGGAAACGAGAAGGGUCUCUUGGCGCGGAAUCUACACAUGACCUCAACUGGUGGCUCGCAGAGGGAUUGAUUGUAUAUAAGAGUAUCGGCGUCAGUGUCACCGAUCUUGUUGCUGGAAACACAAUUUUGGCAUUGGCCGCCAAGAAGGACCUGGGUACUUUUAUCUCGGACUUUUAG